GUCGGAUAUGUUGUAUUUAAAGUGUCUAACUUAACCCGCCUUCAUCUGCCGGGUGCUUGAUUUCACAGUCAGUGUUUGUAGGUUGUUUUUGGGCGGAAGUAGAAAUGACCAAACCUUUAGUCGGAUCAAAACAAACCUAUUUUUGUCAGAAGGUUACAGAAGUCCUUGAGUGAAAAAUGACGUACAGGAGAGACAGGAGUAUACGAGAGGUGUACGACGAGCGCUUUCUAACCGAGAGACCGGGUCCAUACCCACGAGCAGCUGGCGGGGGGGAAAGGAGGGGCCCUUUUGGCAGGCCGGAGGAGGAAUACGGUCGGGGUGGAUAUGAAUACGAAGGAGGUCAGCGGUUUUUCCCGAAUGGCGGGGGCCCAAGAAGUUACCACGAAGAUCAGCGGGGCUACCAUGGUGACAGCAUUCAUUUCCCCGCUGAACGCAGAGCUGUUCCACCUGCAAGAAGGGAGGACUAUCCUUACAGAGUACCCAGGGAGGACCCCCACACAGGACGGCCUUUGGAGUUUGGUGCACGCGCUCCUGCUCCUCACAGCGUGCGGAGCCAAGGCGUUUAUCCGGCUGCCAGAUCGCUACCCGAGAGUGGAGAGGACACCUUAGUGCAAGCCAUCCUCAACCUGGACAGAGGGGAGGACAGAGACCUGUUCAGGAGAAAAGCCGCCCCCUUCCCUCCUCUCAGAGAGCGAUCCCCUGUGCGCCGCGAUGUGCCCCGCUCCCCGCACAGCCGCUCGGGUUCCAGCGUCAGCAGCCGAGGAUACUCACCCGACAGAGCCAAGGGCCUUCCAUUCCCCUCACAGCAAGGCAAGAGUGUGGACGGCGCCGAGGGUCAUGCAGGAGUUCCUGAGCACCUCUGGGGGGCGCUCUUUGCUCAGCAGAGUGGCCACGACGCUUUAGGGUUUGAAGAGACGUUUUCCCAAAGCAAGAUGGCUGAAAAAAUCCCAGGCCUGUCAAGAGAAGGCUCCCCACACAGCGCCUCCUCGAUCAAGGAGGACUGCCAUCCACCAGACGUAAAAAAAGAGGAGCUGCAGGUGGCGCCGGUUGCGGAGGAGAGGCAAAAGCCGUCGGCGGACAACCUUCUCGAGCGGCGAGCCGUGGCCAUCGCAUCCAAAGCUCAGGAGAUAGAGAAGGUGUAUCGCCAGGACUGCGAGACAUUUGGCAUGGUGGUUAAGAUGCUGGUGGCGAAAGACCCCAAUCUGGAGAAGCAGCUGCAGGUUCCCCUCAGGGAGAACCUUGGGGAAAUCCGCGAACGAUGCCUAGAAGACCUCAAGCACUUCAUCAACGAACUGGACGAGGCCAUACGGCAGCCAGAACCUUCUGUCUGUGACUCAACAACCCCAUCUACGUCCUUAACGGGUCAUAAACUUGCAAAGACAGGAGUCAAUCACAGCUCGUCUUUCUGACACUUUGGCCUGAGGUAUUCUAUGUGAGACUGAGCAUUAUGGGAUCGACUGCUGAACACGAUGGACUUCUCGGCUCUAUUUUGGAUUUCUGGACUACAAUGAUUCUACAGCACAGAAACCAGAGGAGUGAUUCAAAAUGGAGAAGUGUUGUAUAUGGGGCUGAACAGUGUUAGUUUUGAACAGAUUUCUUCACUGUCAGCUCUCUGUGGAAAGUUAAAUUAACAUAUUCUUUAAAAUGAGUUUUCUGUUGUUUUGCUGAUUAUUUAAAAAGAGACAUCAGUGUCACGUCAGAGAAAAGCUGGUUAACCAUUAUUUGUGUUCGUUAGUUUACCUAUUAGGAUAAAAUGAAGCCCCUCCAGCAUGAUCACUUUUCCAAAAGAAUUGAAACAGUCCUGAUUUGUACCAUUUUUCAGCUAGGUACAUUUUUACGACAUUGACUUGACUUGGUGCUGCUAGCUUAACAACUCUACUUUAUAUUUCUUUCAAUUUUUACUGUUCAAGAUUGCCUUUUCUGUUUCAACGGUGUGUCUCAUUUUGCUUUUCAAACAGUAAACGAUGCCCUCCCUCUCAUUCUCUGUGCAUUCUGUGCACAAGGAUCAUUUUGACGACAUUGAGACAUAGCUUUGCACAAACUGAGAUGUCUCUGAAGGUUGUAGUAGAUACAAUUUUUCUUAAACUUAAGGUUUGUUAUACUGUGAUAUAUUAAAAUAAACUGCAUAAAUAUUCCA